AUGAGCGACGAGAAAGGCGACGCUGCCACUGCUCCCGCUGUUGUGGCGGAACGUGACGGCGAACCACAGCAACCGCAGCCGCAACAGGAGCAGGAACAUGGAGGAGAGACGCGGGAGUCCACGGCCACGGACGCAAAGGAUGAAGGGGAGAAGCCAGAGAAUGGAGGAGGUGGCAAGGAAGAGAAAGAGGAGGAGCCCAAGAAGAACGGCGAGGAGGAGAUUCCAGAGGGCGUCAUCCCGGACCUGGAGGCUUUGUACAGCGAGGAAGACGCUGCCCGUGAAUUCUUCCUCACCAAGCAGGAUCUGAAGAAGUUCAGGGUUCGUUACCGAUCCUUUCGCAACUUCUCGGGCCCGUUCCCCAUCCGCAAGUAUGUGGGCGAGGACCUGCUUGAGCCCGCGUAUGAGGUGCAGGGCGGCAAGGACAAGUUCAUCGCCCGCCGGAAAAAACUGGCGCGCGUGUGGCGACCAGACCUGUCGAACCCGCCCAAGAUCCGCUACUUUGUGCUGCGCGGCACGCGCGAGGCCCUCACUGCCAGCCGCGCCACCGGACAGUGGACAACCACACAGGCACAACUCGAACCUGUGCUCGCGCGCGCUUUCAAGGACAGCGAACGUGUCGAGUUUGUCUUUAGUCCUGUUGACACGCAAUACUUUAUGUGUGCGGGUCUGAUGACGACACCACCGACGAUUGCAGAGACGCCGUUCCCGCAGAAGGCCGUCUCCUUUGGCGUUUUCUGGCACCCGGACACCCGCCUCAGAUUCACCACCAUCAAGGCAACGCUGUUUGAGGACCAGGUGGACCUGUUUGCCGAGAACGGGCGCGAGCUUCCACCCGAGCUCGGUGCGCUCGCUGUCGCAUCCAUCUCCAAAUGUGUUGCCCGCGAUGAGGAGUGGGAGCGGAGACAGAAGGAGCGCAAGCAGCAGUUGGAAGAGCGGCGACACCACCACCACCGUGGCAGCCGUUCCCGUCGCAGCCACCACCACCACCGCCGCCGCUAUGAUGACGAUCACGACGACUUUGACGAUGAUGCUGAUGAUCGCCGUCGCAGCCGUCACCGGCACCACCGCAGCCGGCGGAGCAUCACCCCAUCCCACCACCACCACCGCCGCGAAGACGAAGAUGAUGCUGAUCGUGACCGUCGUCGUCAUCGUCGUCGCAGUCGUAGUGCGUCACGUGCCGGCGGCAGUGAUGCGGACGAACGGCCCGCAAGCGACGAUGCGCGGGAACACCGGGAGGACCGGGAGGAUAGGAGCUAUCCUUCGGACGAGGAGGCCAGCGAGCGCCGGCACCGGCGCCGCCACAAGAAGAAGCACAAGAAGAAGCACAAGAAACGACGACACCGCGACCACGACGACAGCGAUGGUGGGCGCAAUGCCGGCAACGACGACGACAGGGACAGGCGUCAUCGAGACAGUGGUGGUGGUGGUGAUGAUGGUGGUGAUGAUGGUGGUGGUGAUGGUCGCCGGAGUGACGACGAGCGGAGUAGGCCAGAACAACGUGGCAGUGGUGAUGGUGAUGGUGACGAGAGGCAGAUGGAUGUUGCCACUGACACCGCCGUGUGA